CGCGCGGCGCUCCGUCGGGCCCGGGGCGGGCGCGCUCCCGCUGCCGCGCGCGCGCGGGCAGCGCCGGGGCUGACGGCGGCCGCCCGCGCCAUGUCGUUCCGCCGCGCCCUGGCGCUGGCCGCCUGCGGGCUGGCCGGCGGCUCCGUGCUCUUCUCCGCCGUGGUCGUGGGCAAGCAGCCGGCCCGCGGCGGCGGCGGUGACGCCGAGCCGCGGCCGGGGAGCGCCGCCGCCGCCACCAGCACCCCCGCCGUGCCCGCCGCCCCCGCGGCGCCGCCGGGCUUGCUGCUGCUGCCGCCCGCCGCCGCCUCCUGCCCGCCGGCGCCCGGCUGGAUCGAGAGGCCCGCGGGCACCGGCGGCUUCUGGGACAGCAACUGGGACAGACGUGAACCACUGGCUCUUAUCAACCUCAAGAAGAAAAAUGAAGAAACUGGGGAAGAAGAACUUGCCUCACGUUUAGAUCACUGCAAAGCAAAAGCCACCAGGCACAUAUUCCUUAUCCGCCAUUCGCAGUAUAAUUUGGACGGCCGGGCUGAUAAAGAUAGAACUCUGACCCCACUUGGUCGAGAACAGGCUGAACUGACUGGGCACAGACUGGCAAGCUUGGGGUUAAAAUUUGAUCAGAUUAUCCACUCCUCCAUGACUAGAGCAACUGAAACAACUGAAAUUAUCAGCAAAUAUCUCCCCGGAGUCAAAAAAAUUAGCACUGAUCUACUGAGAGAGGGAGCACCUAUAGAACCAGAUCCACCAGUCUCUCACUGGAAACCAGAAGCUGUGCAGUAUUACGAAGAUGGAGCUCGCAUUGAGGCUGCUUUUCGAAACUUCAUUCAUAGAGCUGAUGCAAAGCAGGAGGAAGACAGCUAUGAGAUCUUUGUCUGCCAUGCCAACGUGAUCCGUUAUAUUGUCUGCAGAGCAUUGCAGUUCCCCCCAGAAGGCUGGCUGCGAAUGUCUCUGAACAAUGGUAGUAUAACCCAUUUGGUGAUACGGCCUAACGGAAGAGUGGCACUUCGAACACUGGGUGACACGGGAUUCAUGCCUCCGGAUAAAAUCACACGCACCUGAAUGAGUGAAACUGAUGGCCAUCCAGGAGCUGCCUCUCGUCUCUUUGCACUAGUACAUUCAGCUACAGUACCACUAGAUUAUCUGCUAUGUUGGGAUGUGAUGCUGUUUUAAAAUGUCCUUUAGCCCUUUGCCUUCUUCAUACAUGUUCAUAUCUGCCUUUCAGUCCAGAAAAGAAGAAAUUUUAUGUAAGCCUGAAGCUGUCCAGUCCUGAAGUAUUCCCCAAAACUCUUUAAGUUGAGCUGUGGAAUACAAAAAAGAUUGAAUGUCUGUUUUCAGCAGCUAUGAGGACGGCGAUACUCCUCCCCCCCCCCCCCCCCCCCCCCGUGAUUUUCUAUAACCAAAGCUUGCUGCUGUGGAUUUUUUUCUUGUGCAGGAAAGCAAUUGGUAUGGGAACUGGAAAGGACAGUCCAUAUCACGCUGCAGCUAGAACUGAAGAUGAGCCAGCUUAUUUCAGCUCUUGCAGAAGAAGUAACUGAGGGAAUUCUGCUCUUUAAAGGACAAAGGGUUAAGGUUUUGUUUUUCUAAGCUAUUGAGGAUGUAUAUCUCUAUGUUGCGUCCUUGUUCCUCCCCUCUGCCAUCCCUUCCCCCCCCCCCCAGAGUUCAUGUAAACUGUGCCUGGAGAUGAUAGAUAUAAAGAGAAGAAGGUUAAAAAACCAUUUGCCUCAGAGCUGUGGUGCUGGAAUUACCUGUUGCUCAUAUUAAGUUUUCCUCCAUCCUUGGAAAGACCUUUAAGCUAUUCUGAGCAAUUUUCUUCAGUGUCAUGAAGCCUUUAACUAAAACUUGGUCUGUAGAAAAGUGUAGGGAUGAGUUCUGUAGCAGUAAAGAUGGAAGAAAGGGAAAAGCAGUAAUCUUUCACUAGUUCUUCUGGUUAUGACUCUUAAGUUUACAAGGAGUAGAGACUCUUUUCUGCUUUCUCCCAUUGAUUCAUGUUUGUCAAUAGUUUGCUUUCAAAGCAGAGAAGUAACAGCAUUGGAGUUCAAGAUAAGCGAUACUUAAGAUCAGAGGUUCUGCAGUACUGGAACAAACUGUCAUUUAAAACUACCAUUGCUUGCAUGGUGAAAGAAUAGUUGUGGUAUAACUUCUACACAAAGCGAUCAGUAUAAACAUGAAGCAGAAUGCCUUUAAGUUGCUCCUUUGUACAGCUUCGUACAGACACUGCAGAACUUGUUCCAGGUAAAAUCCAGGUGCCUGAGAACUAGGGUUUAUUUUUGAGGAGAGGGCUCGGAAGCCACUUCAUAUUAAGGCCUUCUUCUAGCCACCUGAACCUUUUGUAAUACUUAGCUCAGUUAAUGCCUGGAAUAUUGAAAGUUUCACUGUAUAUGUAGGCUGCUUAGGGAUAUUUCACGUACUGAAGUACAGCAGAAACAAAUAAGGAAUUACAAGUUUGACUGAUUCCCUGUCACUGAGAAUCCUAAAGAAACCCUAAACUUACUUCUGUCAGAGCUGUAUGAAUCAUAAUCAUGGCGUGCAGCCUAGCACAGCAAGGUUUAAUGGACUGUUUGAUACAGGACUGCUAUUAUCAGGAUGACUUCAAAGAAACUGGGGCAGUAGAGAACAAAAUAUGGAAGUUGAAGCAGUGCUAGUUGUUGGCGGGGGGGGGGGGAAAUAUUGUGAAGUAUCUCAUCAAUGGAAUGAGAAUAACUUAUCAGUUUUGUCUAUUAACUUUUUAAAAGUUUUGAAUAAAAUAACUGGUCUUUCGUUA